AUGUCCGCCACUCCCACGCUUGUCAAAGCCCUAAUGUCGCACCCAAACUUCCCCAGCGUGGACCAACUCGACUUGCGAAUCGUCACUAUCGGGGGUACAUCCAUCGGACCAGAAGACAUCAAGCUCUGCCGCGAAGGCCUCGGUGCGCAAAUGGCAAUUCAAGUAUUCGGCAUGAGCGAAGGUGCUCCCAUCAUCACUUGGAAGAGGGCGGAUCCUGAUUUGGUGGACAGUUGGCAUCCUGGUGUCGGCAAGGUUCUGCCAGGGGCGGCAGUGAGGAUCUGCCGGCCCGAGACGCGAGAAAUACUACCUCGAUCGGAGAUCGGAGAAUUGCACAUUGGCGGAACAUCCGUUAUUUCCAAAUACUACGACAACAGCAGGGGUUCUGAUGGAGCCAUGUACACCGACGAAACAGGGAAUUGGCUAAUCACUGGCGACCAGGCCAGGAUUGACGACAAGGGAAUUGUUUAUAUUCUAGGUCGUUACAAGGAUCUAAUUAUUCGAGGCGGCGAGAACAUAUACCCUCUCAAGAUUGAACAAGUGCUUCUUCAGCAGCACAAAGAACUACAAGUUCAAGUUGUUGGUGUUCCAGAUGAUUUGGCUGGCCAAGUCGCUGUCGCCGUUGUCAUUCUACCAGAAAAUCUGACAAAAUCCGAAAUCAUUGAAACUGCCAGAAAUGUAGACCAACGAUACGCCCUAGACGGCGUCUACACCCUCCAAGAACUCGGCCUGGAAAAGUUUCCUCUCACAUCACUCGGCAAAGUCAAGAAAGAACAACUUAAAGUCCAUGUCCUUAAACUCCGACAAGGGAAGAGUUCACCAAAGGAUCCAUUAUCGUCAAAAAGCUCAAUCUCACCAACUAGUCCGGUUUCGCCAAAUGGCUCGAAUUUGCCAAAGGGUCCUAUUAACAAGGCAACUCCAAUACCGCCCUUUGUCAAUAAACUGCUCAGUAUCUGCGAGCAACUCAUUGGAAUUCGGCCUUCCAUCACAGAAAGCUUCAAGCAUCUCGCCGACAGUAUCACCCUGCUACGCUAUUGCGACCGCGUGCUGCGUGCCUGCGGCCAAAGACUCUACCUGCAGGACUUGAUCGAGCACGACACCAUCGAGAAGCAAGCCCAUCUCCUCCUCUCUCGAAAAUUCCAACAAGCGCGUCUUGUAAUCGCUCCUGAAGUACCCAAACCCAAUCCUAUCCAACCCAGGCAACACGUUCCAGCUCCAAAUCAUGACAUACCAACCACCACUUCCGCCUGCAAGGACACAGACAAGGACACACUUAGCCACGCCAAACGUGCUGUAGCACGCGCUGGCUUCUCCCCAUCGGAAAUCGAAGACGUCCUACCCAUCCGGCACUCGUUGCAUCGGACUGCGAUUGGGUCCCGUCCGCAGUCCUACCACAACCGCAUGGUCUUUCGCAUCUGCAACGUUGCGCAGCAUCAGAUUCUGCGCGCCCUCGAAAAGGCACUGGUUUCGAGGCCGAUGCUGAGAACCAUUGUGUUCCCUGACUCGAACCGUAUCCCGUUCCACGCUGUCCUUGCCCCGAGUCCCGCUCUCUUUGCACAGCUCAUCCACGAGGUCGAUGUUGAGACCGAGGAGGAUGCGCAGGAGCGUUUCAAGGAUGGUUCCGCCCAGGGCCACUCGUCGCCAUUCAUGUUCCAGGCUGAUUUGGCAAGGACGUCUGAUGGUCAGGCAUUUCUUUGCGUCACCUUUAAUCACUCCGUCUUUGAUGUCCUGUCCAUUUUGCAGUGGUACCACGAUCUCGAUCAUUGGAUCCAAGACAUAAAGACUAAUAUCCCUGCAUUGACUUCCUACCGGCUCUUUUCCGAUUUGUUCACUCAAUAUGAAGAAAGCGUGCCUGCACAGAACAGUGUUGCGUUUCAUGUUCGGAAACUUCGAGGCAUCUCUCGCUAUGACCGCGCAUUAUGGCCUCCACAAAAAGCACCUGGCAUGAUGAUCGCCAACGACCAAGGCUCACCGUAUGCUAGAGAAAGAUGUCAAGUCCGAAACCAAGUCUGGAACGGCGAUUGGGAAAGCCGUGCUCACGAGUUCCAGUUCCCGCGAAACGGUCGCGUUGCAACAAUACCAGGGCUUCCAAAGCUUCAAGACGAACACGGCAUCCACCCAGCACUGUUCACAAAGAGCGCGAUUAUUCUUUUCAAUGUUCUUCAAACUGGUUGUUCACAUGCUUUUCUCAAUGUAUGGGAAAGCGGACGCUCAUGGCCCUUUAUUCCCCAGUGGAUGAACAAACUCCUCCCUCCAGCCAUGAGUAUUGAUGGUCCUACCGUUCAAUGGAUCCUCAAUAUGACCGAAGUUGUCCGCAACGAAACAGUUAUUGAGUUUCUAAAGCGUAUGACAGCCGAGAGCGAAGAGCUAAAACAACAUGAGCAUGUCCCUUGGAACAAGGUUGUUGAAAAGCUCAGCGACGAAGGCGAGGCUGCAAUCGACGCAUCUUUCAGGCAAUCUUUCGUCUGGGAUGUUUCCCUUGCUAUGAGCUUUUCAAAGCAGGGAAGUUUCAAAACGUUUGAGCCUGUCGCGCGCUACGAUUGGGCUGACUGUGGCUUUUUCUGGAAUGCCUUUAUGGUCGAUUCGAUGAACCUGUAUUUUAUUGCUUCUUGGGACACGGCGCAAAUGAACGACAUCGAGGUUAGCGGGCAUUGCGAUGCCUUGUCUGAGAUCCUCCGAAAGAUGGGAGAUGAGAACAACUGGGACAAAAAGCUGGGCGAUGUGUUCCAUCUAUGA